ACCAAUAUUACAUAUAGUAAAGUCAAGCCAAAGCCACCUACCCUCUCCCCAAUUUCUGCAUAGCUACAAAAAUAAGGUCUUCCCGUUCCCCUCUCAAUACUAUUCCCUCACUGAUCCCCUUCAUUUCAUCUCCUUUUCCUUAGCAUUGCCCUUGGUUCAUAGUGUUAGCAGUUAUGGGUGUCAUCAAAAUCAACCAUUCUUUUGCAACUCAGGUUACUCCGGACAGGAUGUUCAAGGCCUUGAUCCUGGACUCCCACAACAUCUGCCCCAAGCUCAUGUUCUCAUCCAUAAAGAGUAUUGAAUUUGUUGAAGGCCAGGGAGAGGCUGGGAGCAUCAAACAGAUCAAUUUCACUGAAGCAAGUCCUUUCAAAUAUGUGAGGCACAGGAUUGAUGCAAUUGAUGAGGAGAAGUUCACAUGCAAGCACACUUUGAUCGAAGGCGAUGCUUUAAUGGACAAGCUUGAAUAUAUUACCUAUGAGGUGAAGUUUGAGGGAUAUGGCAGAGGAGGAUGUAUCUGUAAGUUGAGCAGUGAAUACAAAGCAAAAGAAGGUGUAGAGAUCAAAGAAGAGGAUAUUGAGCUUGGAAAGGACAGAGCCAUAGGGAUGUACGAAGUUGUGGAGGCCUACCUCUUGGCGCACCCUCGUGCCUAUACUUAAAACAAGUUAUGUAAUGAUUUUCGGCACCUGGUUUUAAUGGAUGAUUAUAUCUGAGUGUAUGUAUGUCUUACUUUCUUUCAAGAAAUUUUCUUUUUUGUUCUUUGAGAUUGUGCAAAAGAUAAUUAAUAUGUGAAUUACCAUUGCCUUGCUGUUUGUGAUUUCAA